ACUGUGAUGGUUGGGGAUAUAUCAUCGUGGUCCCGGGCCAUUUGUUCUCGGAGUUCUUGUCUCAUCACCAGGCUGAAGAAUUACUACUCUUGCUUCGCAGACAGACAUACCACCGCUACGAUCUGACCCUCGGAGCUAUCGAUCAUCGUACGAAAAGAGGCAGCAUAAGCACCUCAUCGUUCCUUCAAGUCCGAGCUACGCAACUCAGUGCUCCACUUGACUCACAUCCAUCCCUAUACCACAUAAGAACUCCGACACAAUGUCUAUUCUCUGGGAUCAACUCUACACCUCUCACACGCAAAUCCCAUCGAACCCGGCUAGCAAAGCUUUCCAGCAGACAACGAUGUAUCAAGCAGCGAACGGAACAUCAACAUCGACCUCGACCUCUUCGUCAGCAACUUCAGCAAGUUCGACCAGGUCGUCAAAGUCUGAUUACGAUAAGAUGUCAUCGGACUCUGCUUCGAUGAUGAGCUACUCAAGUACGGCUUCUACGAUCGCUUUGAUUAAGGACAAGUUCAGGACUUCGAGUUCGUCGAAGAAGACUCCUGCGCAGAAGCAGGCGGAGAAGAGGGCUACGAGGAUGGAUAAUGUGACGCUGGGGACGGUGUUCGCGUUGAAGUGAGCGGCCCUGAGAGCUGAAGGACUUGGACGAAAGGCGGUUGAUACCCGGGGGCGAUGAUCAUUUUAUUGUUGGAAAUUAGAAUGUCUGCACCAAUGCACUUCGACAUGAAGCGUAUCUUUGGUUGCUGUAAGGCGUCUGGGAGAGGCGGGUACAAUUGAUUUUGGCGUUGGGCAGGAAAGGAAAAGGACCUCUAGAUUGAUCAUGGUCUUAGGACUUGUAUUUCGAUAUUAUUGUAUGAUGAGCUUACAAAUCUGAAUGUAAGAUGCCUCCUAUGAGCA